AUGGAGACGACUCGGCGGCGUCAGCUCCACAGCUGUGACCCUUGUCGCAAAGGAAAACGAGGCUGCGAUGCACCGAAAAUUCGGAACGAAAAUGGGUUCAGCUCGUGUUCUAAUUGUACACGAUGGAACAAGGAUUGCACGUUCAAUUGGCUGGCCUCAAAACGUGUCGGCGCCAAAGAAAUUCGAAAGGAGAGUCGAAAGAAGACACAGCCACCUGCUUCAAAUCCAUCACGUAACUCGGAUAUACAGUCUCUUGCCCAAUCCCAUGGUGCGGAGCUAGAUGAGAUAUUGCGCUCUACAAGUUCCCACCCUGAAAGCUUGGAAGGUAUAUUCACAUUCACAAACACGCCACCAGAAUAUGCGCCCACUCCUUAUCAACCAGGAAAUAUACCCUUGGAAGCAAGGUCCACCAGCGAAUGGAGUGAUGAACAGUCAACAUUCUUUACGUGGACGUCUAAUAUCCCGUUCAAUGGACCAAUGAACACCGUGACACCGGGCUCUAACAGUAGCUUCAGUGGUGUGGAGUCUGAAACUGCUUCUGACGCUCUGUCACUCCUCCUCGAGGGCGACCUCAAUACAUUAGAGGUUGGCAAUGGCGAUAUCAUUUUACCUACAGAGUGCGAGGAUACCUAUGAGAAAAAGAAAUCAAUUCAACAAUAUAGCUCGAUGGCAGCGCAAGAAGCUCCAUGGAGUUUCUGUGUCGCCUCUGACAAGGCAGCAAAGGAAUACGCUCGAUCUACAAUGACCCGAAAUUUGGUACGGAUAUAUCAUGAUAGUAUGGAAAACGCACUCUCGUGCUGGUUAACAGAGCACAACUGUCCUUAUGGGGACUCCGCAGGAGGAAUCAUCCCCUACAAGGAGAAGGAAGCCUGGGCACCAAAUUGGUCGAACAGAAUGUGCAUUCGGGUCUGUCGGCUGGAUCGAGUAGCCUCAUCCGUCCGCGGUCGCACUUUGAGUGCAGAGGAGGAUAGGACUGCGGCUCGAGCCCUUCAUUUGGCAAUCAUGGCGUUUGCUUCUCAAUGGACUCAGCAUGCUCAGAAAGGGACUGGAUCAUCGAUUCCGGAAGCGAUCGACCAAGACGAAAGAUCCAUCCGUGAGCAUGUUUGGAAUAAGGCACGACAUGCUCUGGAACACACAACCGGAAUACCUUCUUUUCGCAUCAUCUUCGCAAAUAUCAUUUUCUCUCUCACCCAGUGCCCCUUGAAAAACCGACAGAAUCAAUCCUUGGGCCAGCUUUUGGAGGCUGACCGCGCGCCCAUCUUCCUUGAAAAUGCAAAUCGCCAGUUAUGUACGUUUCGACAUAAGCUAACGCGGCUCCAACGGGAGGCAACUCCUUUGAUGCAAGAAAGACGAAGACAAUCCGUGUCAUCGUCAAUGACUGAUGCGUUGGGAUUAUCGCAGUCAUCAGACGCUCAAGGAGUAGACCCGCUUCUUUCAAAUCAGGAGUAUCGCACAACACUCAGUCUGAUGUUCUGGUUAGGUAUCAUGUUUGAUACCCUCAGUUCUGCGAUGUAUCAGCGCCCACUCGUCGUUUCAGAUGAAGAUAGCCAAAUAUCAUCGGCUUCGCCUGCAAUGUUUGACCCUGGGAGCCAGUUUGAAUUCGGCGGUUGGAAUAUUCCUCGAAAGGGAAUACCCGAAAAACAGGAUGUAUGGGGUGAUUUCUUCUUACGCCAUCCAGUUGAGUCAGGGCAAUCGACCCAGGCGCAACCUAGAUGGCCUUGCUCCUAUGACGAAGCUGCUUCAGUGCUCUCAGAAGCUACUCCCGUCAAAGUGCUGCUAUACCGUCGUGUCACACAGCUCCAAACUCUUGUUUAUCGAGGGACUCCCUGCGACCGCCUUGAAGAGGUCAUACAGAAGACAAUAUCUGUUUAUCGAUAUUGGAGGUCUAAGUAUGAGGGAUUCAUGCUUGACUGUGUUGCAAACCACGAGCUACUUCCUCCGCGUAUCCAGUCGUGGUACGUGAUUCUUGAUGGUCAUUGGCAUCUCGCAGCGAUGCUACUAGCGGACGUGAUUGAAGGUAUUGAUCGCGGGGGUUUGGGCUCCGGUUUCGAACGAGAGACUAGGGAAGCUACAAAUUUCGUCUCAACGCUCAGAAUAGAUAACGCGUUUGCAGUUGGUGGCCUUGCUCGGUCCUCGCUGCAUGGUCGAGAGCCGACUAUGUACCGACAUUUCCAUGAUUCCCUCAACGAGGUUGCAUUCUUAGUAGAACCAUGGACUGUGGUUCUCAUUCAUUCAUUUGCAAAGGCCGGAUAUAUUUCGCUUGAAAAUCUCGAUGCGUCUGGAAAGUAUGCUACGUUGACGGAGAGUCUGCGUGAAAAUUGUAAUUUCUGUAUUCGUGCACUUGAAUAUCUUGGGAGGAAGUCGGAUAUGGCUACUGUCGUAGCUGGAACGCUUUCAAGUUCUCUGGAGGCCAGAUUUACGCCAGAGAACGACAAUUACGGGUCUAGAAUUCUGACCCCAAGCAGUCUAUCCCCGGACAUGGCUCUUUUCAACGAACAGCUCACUGGUAACAUCAAUUUGCUUGUGUCUCAAUGA